AUGCCGUCUCCUGAUUACGGCGUUUUGCCUUCGAAUUCAAAUUCAGGCGAUCCGUCGUCCGUUGAAAUUAAUGAAGAUGUUGUCUCAGAGUCGCGGCCAUUGCUCUCCCCAGAUCCAGAUAAAUGGGCUCCUCCGAAAGGCUUCAUCUGGAUAGAAGUCGCGAUUUUCGCGAAUGUCUUCUUAUCCGGCUUUGAUGGAACGAUCACCGCAUCGACCUAUGCGCUGAUCAGCUCGGAGUUCAACGCGGCCAAUACGGCCUCCUGGUUGACGACCUCCUACUUGAUCACGAGCACUGCUUUUCAGCCAUUGUACGGUCGCUUCUCCGAUAUUUUUGGUCGUCGUGCAUGCUUUUUCACCUCGACUGUUACUUUUCUGCUGGGGUGUCUUGGUUGUGCUGUUUCGCGCGAUGUCGUCUUUUUGGAUCUCAUGCGAGCAUUGACAGGAAUUGGCGGAGGCGGAUUGAUGACGAUGGCAACAAUUAUCAACUCCGAUAUGAUCCCGUUCCAGCGGCGUGGGAUGUACCAAGCAGCUCAGAAUGUUCUCCAUGGAUUUGGUUCGAUUUGUGGUGCGUCUAUGGGAGGUGGCAUUGCUAAUACCAUCGGCUGGCGCUGGUGCUUUUUACUGCAGGUCCCAGUGUCUGUGUUUGCGUUGAUUAUGGGUCGUAUCAUGAUUCCUGUGCGGAACGUGUCGGUCGCGGAUGCCAGCAAUCGUGGUCUGCGCGGCGUCUGGAAGCAGGUCGAUCUCACUGGCGCACUUCUACUGAUCCUGGGGCUGUCGAUUCAACUCGUCGGCCUGAGCCUAGGGGGAAACGAACUUCCGUGGAGCAGUAUCUGGGUCGUCGCAUCGCUUGUCGGCAGCGUUCUUCUGCUCAUUGUUUUCCUAUUUGUAGAGGCUCGGACCACUGCUAUACCAGUGAUCCCUCUGCGCAUGUUGCAGGGCAUCCUUCCUCUCUCAACACAGAUAGCCAACGUGUGCGUGGGAAUGGCUGCUUACGCUUUCCUCUUCAUGCUUCCCUUGUUCUUCCAGGUCAUUCUUCUCGAUUCCGCCUCCAAAGCGGGCGCUCGCCUUGUCAUCCCCUCCCUGGCUACCCCGAUCGGCGGUCUCAUCUCCGGAAUCAUUAUGUCCCGCUGGGGCAAACUUGCUCAUCUCGUGCGCGCAGGCGCCUUUCUCAUGUUCAUCGGCAACGUCCUGGUCAUGCUUCUUGAUUUUGACGACGCAAGAUGGAAGUACUUCGUUUACGUCGUUCCCGCGAAUCUAGGACAGGGUAUCGUUUAUCCGGCUAUUUUGUUCACCUUUCUGGCAGCUUUCGACCAUUCCGGUACGUUGUAUCAUCCUGGUCUUCCCUGUAAUUCUUCUGAAUCGCGAAUGCUCACAUUGAGGGCCAGACCAUGCCGUCUCCGCCUCAACGGUCUAUCUCAUCCGCUCCCUCGGCACUGUCUGGGGCGUCGCCAUCACAUCUACGAUCCUUCAAAACCAUCUCAAUGCGGGCUUACCAGAUGCCCUGAGUGGAGUACCUGA